GCGCUCAAGAAGUAUCUUAAUGAAAAUCUCAAAAAGGGAUAUAUACAACUAUUGCAAUUACUAGCAGAAUAUCCUAUUCUAUUUGUAUUCAAGAAGAAUAGCAAGCUUAGACUAUGUAUUGAUUAUAAGCAACUUAAUAAUAUUAUGAUUAAGAACUAA